AUGGCAGAUUCUCACUAUGUUUUUGAAACAAAAAGACCACAUGUAAAAGAAAGAGCUCUCGGGAUUGCUCGUGAGAUUCCCGAAUUUUCAAUUCGAUAUAUUAAAUCCCUUUUUCCUAUUUUUACCUGGAUACAUUAUUAUAAUCUUACUUGGUUUAUUAGCGAUGUGAUAGCUGGUAUAACUGUUGGGUUGGUGGUCAUUCCUCAAAGCAUGGGUUAUGCAAAGAUUGCAACUUUACCUGUGGAAUAUGGUCUAUAUUCUUCCUUUGUUGGUGUCGCGCUAUAUUGUUUCUUUGCCACCUCAAAGGAUAUAACUAUCGGUCCUACUGCUGUGAUGUCUUUACUCAUGGGACAAACUAUAAGCUCAAUUCUUAAGACUGAUACAACUUACACUAAUACAACGAUUGCUGCUACUUUUUCCUUGUUAACUGGAUUAAUUGCUCUUUCCUUGGGUUUAUUACGUCUCGGCUUUAUUGUCGAUUUCAUUCCUGCUCCAGUUGUCGCCGGUUUCACUACCGGUUCCGCGAUUAAUAUUGUUGUGGGUCAGAUUGCAAAUUUAUUAGGUAUAUCUGGUAUAGAUAAUAAAGAAGCUACGUACCUAGUGCUUAUUAAAACCUUUGGUGCGCUAGGACGUACAAAAGUUGAUGCAGCUAUAGGACUCCUUGGUUUAUCGUUUCUAUAUACAGUUAAACAUGGUUGUUCUUUUCUUUCUCGACGUUAUCCCAACAAAGAAAAUCAAACCACAAGUCCCAUUAACAUUUUGAAAAAUGUACCUUCGGGAUUUAACCAUAUUGGCGCACCUGAACUUAAUCCGGAUCUCUUAAGACUUAUUGCGGGAUACCUUCCCGGUAUUUCCGUUGUAAUAAUUCUGGAACACGUAGCCAUUGCAAGGAGUUUUGGAAGGAUAAAUGACUAUAAAAUUGUUGCCAGUCAAGAACUCAUUGCUAUCGGUGCUACCAAUGCGCUCGGUUCAUUCUUUGGUGCUUAUCCUGCUACCGGCUCUUUUUCACGUAGCGCUAUUAAGGCAAAAUCUGGUGUACGAACACCUCUUGACGGUAUAUUUACAGCAGCAUUAGUAAUAUUAGCACUCUUUGUUUUAACCCCAGCAUUUUAUUAUAUCCCUAACGCGACGCUUAGUGUUGAGAUUGGGAUAUACGUUUCAACUCUUGUUGCUCUUGUGGUAUUACUAAUUCGACUUGCACGUCCACGAUUUGAUGUACUUGGUCGUCUGGAAAUUGCCUCAUCAAAUGGCGACGGUUCCAAAAAAUUCACUUACGUUCCAUUGUGUUCAAUGUUUCAAACAGCUCAAAGUCCACCUGAUGGAGUUCUAAUAUUUCGAUUUGAUGAAUCACUAACAUAUCCUAAUUCAAGUUAUCUUGAAGAUCAAAUAGUUAAUUAUGUUAAAUCUAAUACUCGUCGGGUGUCCAGGACCGCAGAAAAAAUUGGUGAUCGACCAUGGAAUGAUGCUGGUGACGAUUAUGAAAAUAAAGUCCUAGAAAAUUCAAAAUUACCAAAAUUGAGAGCGAUAGUAUUUGACUUUUCAGCAGUCAGUACAAUAGAUUCUACUGGUGUACAGGCAUUGGUAGACAUUAAAAAGAAUUUAAAUAGAUACACUGGUGAUCACAUAGAAUAUCAUUUUACAAAUAUUCUUAAUGUAAACAUACAACGUGCAUUAAUAGUCGCAGGAUUUGGUGAAGUAGAACAAACAAAAUUAGUUAUUGACGUUGGGAUUCACUCGGUUGAAGAGUCAUCUGAAGAAAAUUCGGAAAUUUCAUCAGUUGAAAUUGGUAUAUCUAAUGGGACUAGUAUGAAUCCGAUUAGAAAGAAAUAUUUUCAUUUAAGUUUGCAAGAAGCUGCUACGGCUGCUACUAAUGGUGUUUGGUAG